AAGAAUGAAAAUCGCGUUCUCCUAUCAGAGAAUGCAUUCGAAUCUUUUGUCACGCGGCUGGUUCGUGAUCACCAGCCAAGUGAAUCCCAUUUUCUGCGUCGCUGUUUUCGUGAUCCUCAUGUCGCGAGAAGUAACGGGAAAAUCGCGCAGUGUCAUCAGUAAUGCUUUAACGGUUUUCCUCACGUGGUGACCGUGGCCCUCCCCUCUCCCCCCGGUCGUGAUAAGGAAAUUUUGUAUUGAUUCACCGAUUGAUAACACAUAGGAUGACCCAUCUAUCAAUUUGCAAUUCGUUGGCAAACAGUCGCAAUAUCUUGAUUCAUAUAUCAGAUAAGAGAUGCUUACGGAGCAACUGUCGACCGGUAGUUAAUUAAUCUUAAUGACAUGAAAGAAUGAAACGAGAAACUGUCAUUACCUGUGUAGAGCCAAACCGACGAGCGAAAACGAUGACAACGGUUUUAGAUGGCAGCUACCAGCGUAUGGAGCUAUACGAGGGAGAGGAGGAGGAUGGUGAGGACGAUGACAAGCAUGAAGAAACACCUCAGGAGUCUGGCGUGAUGAUACAUGUGGUGCCAGAAGGGAACAAAGCCAGAUGGAACCAUAUAGAAGAUCUGGAUUCGUUUUUUACAAGAAUGUAUCACUACCACCAGAAACAUGGGUUCACUUGUAUGAUGUUGCAGGAGGGGCUCGAACUAGGACAAUUCAUUUUUGUAGUUACCUUUUCAACUUAUCUAUUUCAUUGCAUCGAUUACUCCGUAUUAUUUAAAGACAAAGUAAUGAACAACACCUCGCACAAAACGUCAAUAAAUGACGCUAUACUGUCCACCGGGGAAUGUACGGCAUCCAUGGGUCUGGUUACAUGGAUUUGUAUAUUGGUAGCCGCGAUCUUUUGGAUUCUAAGAGCGGUAAAAGUUUUAUACCACCUCACACAGUUUUGGGAUAUAAAGAUGUUCUUUAACACCGCUCUAAAAAUCGAAGACUGCGAUUUGGAUAAUCUGACCUGGCACGAGAUACAGAAGCGGGUCAAGGAAGUGCAGAAGGAACAAGAGAUGUGCAUUCACAAAAGAGAGCUCACGGAAUUAGAUAUGUACCAUAGAAUAUUAAGAUUCAAAAAUUACAUGGUCGCCAUGAUCAACAAAUCAUUGCUGCCAGUAAGGCUCAAGAUCCCUCUCAUAGGAGAAGUGAUUUUCAUGACCAGAGGACUCAAGUACAACAUGGAACUGCUUUUAUUUUGGGGACCCUGGUCGCCGUUCGAAAACAAUUGGCAUCUAAAAGGAGAUUACAAAAAAUUGAAUAAGAGACAGGAACUCGCCAAAGCCUUGUCUAAGCAUAUUUUGUGGGUCGGUGUAGCGAACUUUGUGCUCUGCCCCCUAAUCCUGCUGUGGCAAAUACUAUAUUCUUUUUUUAACUAUGUAGAGAUCAUCAAGAGAGAACCCGGUACUCUAGGCAUAAGAAUGUGGUCCUUGUAUGGUAGACUGUACCUUCGACACUUCAACGAGCUCGAUCACGAGUUGAACGCACGUCUGAACCGUGCAUACCGUCCAGCUACAAACUACAUGAACAUAUUUACGUCCCCAAUUAUGACAGUGAUCGCAAAGAACAUUGCGUUCGUGUCCGGCAGUGUGUUAGCGGUUUUAUUGAUAUUGACCGUGUACGACGAGGACGUUCUGACGGUGGAGCACGUCCUGACCUUGAUCACUAUACUGGGCGCAGUGCUGGCCGGCGCCAGGGCGUUCAUACCGGACGAGAAUUUAGUUUGGUGUCCGGAAACCCUACUAACCGCUGUCCUAGCGCAUAUACACUAUCGACCGGAUAGUUGGCGCAGCCAUGCUCACACACAAACAACCAGGGCCCAGGUGGCCCAGUUGUUUCAGUACCGUGCGAUCCAUCUCUUGGAAGAACUAAUCUCCCCUUUGUUGACGCCCUUCAUUCUGUGCUUCCACAUGAGGCAGCGAGCUUUGGACAUAGUGGACUUUUACCGAAAUUUCACUAUCGAAAUCACUGGUGUGGGUGAUGUCUGCAGCUUCGCGCAGAUGGACAUACGGAAGCACGGGAACCCCAUGUGGCAGACCGUUGCCCAGAGCCCAGUCAUCAAAGACCAAACCACGGGCUACGACAAUCGUUAUUGCAUGGAUUCGGACAAGCUCCAGAUCCCCGGGUCGAAUCAAUAUGCCCAGGCAGAAGAUGGCAAAACCGAGCUAUCUCUCGUACAUUUCACUCUAACCAACCCAGAGUGGAAACCACCUAGCGACGCCAAGAACUUCGUCACCGCCCUCAGGGAAAGAGCCAAGAAAGAGGUACAAGCAAUGCCUGGAGAGAUCAAUCCACUUCUGUCGAGCCUCAACAGCUUGUCCGGCCUGGGACCAGGGUACAACGACAUAGUGGCCAACAUCAUCAGAAGCACGAUGGUGAACCAUCUGAGCAUGCCCAGUGCAAGUAACGUAUUCGUCAACCACCCUGGGCCUUCGAGUAUGUCAAGAACUCCAGAAGAAGGGACCUUGAGCAUGCAGUCGGACAUGUUCCCACAUGCAAUCAGACAUGGCUCCAAUAAAGUAGAAGGUCCAAUUUAUAACGAAAAAGGGUUCCUUUCCGAGUUGCAAGAACGAUCCACAGUCUCAGUUUUUGGUAUAAGUCAAGAUUUCUCCUCAGACUUGGCUGUACCACUCGAAGCAACUGCUGUCGAUAUGUCUCUGUCUACAUUGUACCUGCAUGAACUUCAUCACAGACAAAUUAAGAGGAGAGGCUAUCAAGAGAUGGCUACCAAGAAUAUAUGGCAGCGAAGCCCUGUGCAGGAGUUGGUUACUCUUCCUGAGGUCAGGCAAGAGAGGGCACCAUUGCUACUGCACCAGGACUCAUCGAUCAGAAACAAUAGAGAAUCAAAAUACAGCCUGAACCCUCAUCUGGAUAGCAUCUGAACAAUGUGGCAGCAAUCCACCCAUUCUCAGAAUAAAAUCUGUUUUCAUUUACCGGGGACACCAUAAUUUACUUUCCGACGGGGUAUAGCUUCUGUGUUAUCGAUGUAAAUACGACCGACCAGCCAACAACACGUUGCUUGACUAGACUCGCAUGGUAGGGUCAACGAUUUCGGGGAGUGCCUACUACGAUCCUCGAGGGCCUAACAGCUGUUGACCUGCGCCUGUUAUGCGCAUGCACAAGGCAUUGGUCUAGCCGCCAAUGUCACCAUCCUCUAGUCAUAUAAAAUUAAUCCCGCGCCAUAGAAUAAACGUUUAUUUAUUUGUCCGUUGAACUGUAGUUACUCGAUCAACACGGUGGCUGAGUACGCGUGUACACGUAAUUUUAAUUUGCCAGUGGCGCAGCUAAGGACCCCCAGGGUUUAAACGAAAUUGAAUCGCGGGUCCAUAAGAGGCACAGGGAUGACUUAGUUACUUAACUCAUCGUUAUUUCUUUAUUACUAAACACGUUCAUUAACUCGCAUAAUCGCCGAACAGGCGGCUCGACAACUGUGACUCAUUCAUUAACGAUCUUUUGACAAAAAUAACGCGUAACAAAGCAUCACUACGAACCUAGUUUCCAUUAAGAGAAAUCUUCGAAGCUAUUAUUAUAAACGAUAAUAAUUUAAGGGAUAUCUGUAAUUUAUCAUUAUAAGAGAUAAAUAAAUACGUUUCAUAAUAAAAAUA